AUGAGCACCGGAGCGGGGAUCGAUUACAGUGCCUGGGAUCACGUGUACGUCUCGGACGAUGAAGACGUGACCAGUCCGUACGUGGACACCCAGAGCCUGUUCAGGAUGAGACACCGGGCCCGGCUGGAGAGGAUGGUGGCGUUUCAACAGAGAGGGGAAGAGCUGGAGAAUAACAUCUCAGAGUGCAAGAGGUUAUUAGAGGCAGGCCAGGGACGACUCAAAGACCUGGAGGACGGAAAGAAAGAGGGAGAGGAGGAGGAGGAGGAUGAGGAGAGAGAGGCUGAGCUGAAGAAAGUCCAGGGCGAGGUGAAAAAACUGAAGAAGGAUGAGAAGUCGUUUCAGAAAAUGAUCGAAGAAUACCGGCGAGAAGAAAAGAAACAGCCCUGGGAUGUUGAUAAUAUCAGCAAAGACGGUUUCAGCAAGAGUGUACUCAACAUCAAGCCUGUAACAAAGGAGGAAACGGAGAAGGAAAAGGUGGCGAAGCACAAGACCUUUGUGGAAAAGUAUGCAAAGGAAAUCAAACACUUUGGAAUGCUGCGGCGCUGGGACGACAGUCAGAAGUAUCUGUCAGACGGUCCUCAUCUGGUGUGUGAGGAGACGGCUAACUGCCUCGUUGUCAUCUGUAUUGACUUCCAGAUAGAUGAGAAACCUGCUCUGAUGGAGCAGGUCGCCCACCAGGCCAUCGUCAUGCAGUUCAUCCUGGAUUUGGCUCGGACGCUUAAGGUCGACGCGAGAGGCUGCUUCAGAGAAUUCUUCUCAAAGAUCAAGACUGCAGACAAGCCGUACCUGGACGCGUUCGACCAGGAGCUGGAUCUUCUGAAGGACAGGAUCCGCCGCUGUGCUCGGGCUCGAGUGGAGAACACUGUGAAGGAGCUGGAGGAAGAGGAGAGGCAGAUGAGACUGGGACCCGGUGGUUUAGACCCUCUGGAGGUCUACCAAUCACUGCCAAAGGAAGUACAGAAGGGCUUUGAUGAGAAGAACAUCCAGUUGCUGCAGGAAGCUAUGAGCAAACUGGGCGUGGAGGAAGGAAAAUACCACCUUAGGAGAUGUAUCGACUCUGGACUGUGGAUCCCUCAAUCAGGGGACAGUGACGAUGAGGAAGAAGAUGGAGAGGACGAAGAAGAUGAUUCAUAAAAGAAUGAAAAAACAUACCUUGUUUGUGUACAUUGGAUGUUGACAUGUCCAACCAUCGUGUGUUUAAAACAACAAUAUAACGUCACAGCGUUUUCAAGAGCUCAGACAAAAGCCUUUAACAAAAUAAGCUUCUACGUAAGGCAAGCUUUAAUCAGACUUUAAACUGCAGAAACUUGACUCUGAAUAAAUGUCAUUAGAAUCAACUUAUUUUACAUUUGAUUUAAUUUGAUAUAGCACUCCAAAACAUAGUUACCAAAUACUUUAAUAGACAAAAGGGCAGAUAACACAAUGUAUAACUCUUUAAAAGUUAUUAAAACAUUAAGCGAAGGGCAUACACAUGAGUGAAACUACCAAUAGCAAAAUACUUCAAAAAUUCAUCGGGGAAAAAAUAAACUUUUGCUUUUAAAUGAAAGCAUGUCAUAGCAGGCUCAUAUUUCUAUCUGCUUGUAUCUGUUGUCAAACUGAGGUCAACAGCACCAUCUCAUGUCUGCUUAUGGACAGACAUCCCAUACACUACAUCACAAUCAUGUCAGUCAAACACACAUUCCUCUAGUUUCCUCACUUGAUUCAGAUUUUAGUGUAGCAACGUCCGGGAUGCAAAAUAGAAAGAAACCAGAACAUGUUUAAAAAGUUUCAGCUAGAAAGUGGUUAUUAUUUCUGCAUGAAAAAAAGAGACAUUAUGUAUUUAAUAUCAUUGUAGUUGCAGAUUAAUCUUCUGUCAAUCGUCUAAUAAACCAAGUAAAAUAGUUUGAAUGUAUUUUAAAGUCGUUGCUUUCUGAUGUGAGAUUGUUGUAAUUGUUGUGAACGUAGACGUUUUUAUUUUUGUAUUUCUGCAGUUGUGAGACGGUUUAAUUUGUGUUGUAGAUGCGUA